GCUCCAAACUGACAGGACUACACAACAGACCAAGGAGAGACAACACACACUUCUGGGAUUACUUCUUGAGGAAUAUUGUAAUUGAAAACUCACACUAACUUCACAUAGCAUUUGGCUAUUAUCUUCAGCCUGUCAUCUCUAUCAACUGUGAUCGUUUUCUUCUGUUUUACAGUUUUUAACAGGGUUUAUACAACACAGGACUAUUUUCAAAUCUUUACAAUUCCUUUCACAAUAGUCCCAUAGCCGUUGUGAGUCUGACAAGCGAGGCUACUUUCACACGAGCUUCAACGUAUCUUUAAAGUAUCAUCAGUUGUUUUUGAACCUUUGGGGACUAUUUGGGCUGUGGACUGUCCAAUUCCCACUGUCUUGAGUCACUCUGACUGCCUGGACCAUUUUACAGUUUUUGAAGACUAUUCUACCCUAGGACUACCCUACCUCUCAUUGCCAUGGCGAACAGCUGUCUCCAGCUCAGCGGUUUUGUGAUGAGUUGUAUCGGGUGGGUCGGGAUCCUUAUCGCCACGGCCACCAACGACUGGGUAGUGACAUGUAAAUACGGCAUGAACACAUGCAAGAAGAUGGACGAGUUAGGAGCCAAGGGCCUGUGGGCUGAAUGUGUCAUAUCAACCGCCCUCUAUCACUGUAUAUCACUGACACAGAUAUUGGACCUACCAGCAUACAUCCAGACGUCGAGGGCGUUGAUGAUAACUGGAUCCCUCCUGGGGCUGCCUGCGGUGGGGAUGGUCCUAACAGCCAUGCCCUGCAUCUCCCUGGGGGACGAGCCUCAGUCAGCCAAGAACAAACGAUCCCUACUUGGGGGAGUUCUCAUACUGCUAGUGGCUCUGUGUGGGGGGGUGUCGACAGUAUGGUUUCCUAUCGGAGCCCACCAGGACCAGGGUCUCAUGUCGUUUGGGUUCAGCCUGUACGCUGGCUGGGUGGGCGCGGCCUUCUGUCUCCUGGGAGGGGCCAUGAUCACCUGCUGUUCUACUGAACCCUCCCAACACUACAAUCACCAUGACAACAACAGGUUCUACUACUCCAAAGGACAGGUGCCUGGCAACCCUGUUCCACCCUCCACUAACCACGCCAAGAGUGCCCAUGUUUAGACACACAUACACUAGAUGCAUGCACUCACACAGACACAGACACACACACACACACACACACACACACACACACACACACACACACACAGACAGACAGACAGACACACACCAGUGUUGUGUAACUCAGAAGGGGGUCUAACCUGGUGCCUGAAGAGAAACCAGGGGUCCUGAUCGGGACAACCCUGCUCUGAUUAAGAACUUAUUUUUAUCCCUUUGUUCUACAAUGAAGGCUAGGGUUAGGGUUAGGGUUCUUUGUUCUACAAUGAAGGCUAGGGUUAGGGUUAGGGUUCUUUGUUCUACAAUGAAGGCUAGGGUUAGGGUUAGGGUUCUACAAUGAAGGCUAGGGUUAGGAUUAGGGUUCUUUGUUCUACUAUGAAGGAUAACUGUGGAUGGAAAGUACUGUACAUCUAUCAGUGCAUUUUAUAGAAAAUAAAUGUGUACCUUUUUUAAUAAAGACUGUGAUGAUUUUUUGUUUUUGAUAAAUA